UCUCUUUCUUCUAUCCAUUUCUCUCUCUCUCUCUCUCUCUCUCUCUGUCUCUCUCUCUUCUCUCUGUCUCACACACAGUAAUCUUAGCUGAAUCUCUGCAACAGCACCAUCAAGCACCAGGCCCCAAUUUCCCAGAGGCUUUAAUCUGUCAAGAUUUGAUCUUUUUCUGCCUUUGGGAUUUUGCGGAAGAGGGGCUGUUCUGCUUUUUCUAUAAGAGUGAUAUUUUUCAUGUUCAUCACCACCUCCACCGGGGUGACCCCUGUUCAAGAUUUGCUUGCAUAUGUGGAAAUCUGAAUAGUUUGAGUAAAGGAACGUAUAGAUUAAUAAAUUUUCUGUCCGCAAACUUGGGAACUCUGUGGAUAUUUGGCUUGAAAGGUUGAAUCUUAGGACACCCAAUUGAGAAAAUUCUUGUGGGGUUGUCAUGGGAUUCCUUUCUGAUACACAGAAUUAUGGUGGUGGUGUUGGAGGAAAGUGUGCUGUUGGGGCUUUGAGGACUCUUGUGAGGAGGAAACAGGUUGAUUCUGCUCAUACAAAGCCAUCAUCUUCCGGUGGAAGUAGUCAUCAUCAGUUGGCCAAGGCCUUGACGAUACCUCAUCUCAUAGCCAUAGGAGUCGGUUCAACAAUUGGUGCUGGAGUUUACAUUCUUGUUGGUACUGUUGCAAGAGAGCAUUCAGGGCCUGCCCUGACUUUUUCGUUUCUGAUAGCUGGAAUAGCAGCUGCUCUUUCUGCUUUCUGCUAUGCCGAGCUAGCGAGCCGUUGCCCUUCUGCUGGGAGUGCAUAUCAUUAUUCUUACAUAUGUGUCGGAGAAGGUGUUGCUUGGUUGAUUGGGUGGGCAUUGAUAUUGGAAUACACUAUAGGAGGCUCCGCAGUUGCUCGGGGCAUAUCCCCUAAUCUGGCCAUGCUUUUUGGAGGUCCAAGUAGUCUCCCUUCAUUUCUAGCUCGCCAGACCAUCCCUGGGCUUGGAGUUGUGGUUGACCCUUGUGCAGCCAUCUUGGUUUUUGCUGUCACUGGACUUCUAUGUUUUGGAAUCAAGGAGAGUACAUUUGUCCAAGGAAUUGUCACUUCAGCUAAUAUAUGCGCCAUGAUCUUUGUCAUUGUGGCUGGUGGAUAUUUGGGCUUCAAGACUGGAUGGCCUGGUUACGAACUUUCUGCAGGAUAUUUCCCGUUUGGAGCUGAUGGGAUGCUUGCUGGUGCUUCAACUGUUUUCUUUGCAUAUAUAGGAUUUGAUUCAGUUGCUAGUACAGCCGAGGAGGUGAAAAACCCUCAGCGUGAUCUUCCCAUGGGUAUUGGUUUUGCACUGUCCAUAUGUUGCACCCUAUACAUGUUGGUUUCUGCAGUCAUUGUCGGUUUGGUACCUUAUUAUGCUAUGGAUCCGGACACUCCCAUUUCCUCUGCCUUUGCCAGUCAUGGAAUAAAGUGGGCCGCCUACAUAAUAACCGUUGGAGCUUGCACUGCACUUUGUUCAACAUUGAUGGGCUCACUACUUCCACAGCCUCGUAUUCUAAUGGCAAUGGCUAGAGACGGGCUGCUGCCAUCAUUCUUUUCGGAUGUCAAUAAAAGAACUCAAGUUCCAAUAAAGAGCACUCUAGUGACUGGUUUACUUGCAGCAAGCUUGGCAUUCUUCAUGGAUGUGGAACAGUUGUCAGGAAUGGUCAGUGUCGGCACGCUUCUUGCAUUCACAAUGGUGGCUAUUUCGGUGCUGAUAUUGAGAUAUGUUCCACCGGAUGAGGUUCCGGUUCCACCGUCUUUUCAGGAUGCAAUAGAUUCAGUUUCAGCGCGUCACACUAUGAGCAACAGUCCUGGCGAUGUCGAUAUCGAGAACACAAAAGUCUACGCUAUCACGUCAGACAAGAGAGCUCCAGUUUUAGUCAGCAAAGAGACGACUAUUGAAUAUCCUCUUAUAGAGAAAGCAGCUGGACAGUUAAACUUUCUUAUGAGUGAAGGGAACCGACGGAAGAUUGCUGGCUGGUCAAUCACGGUUACGUGUAUUGGCGUUUUUGUUCUAACUUCUGCUGCUUCAAGUUUGAGUCUCUACAGCCCUCUUCGGUAUACACUUGCUGGAGUUGGAGGUGUUCUCCUUUUGUCGGGUCUGGUAUCGCUCACCUGGAUAGAUCAAGAUGAUGCAAGGCACAGUUUUGGGCACAGCGGAGGUUUCAUUUGCCCAUUUGUUCCACUGCUACCUAUUUGCUGCGUCUUGAUCAACGCCUACUUAUUAAUUAACCUUGGUGCUGCUACUUGGACCCGAGUAUCAAUAUGGCUAGGCAUAGGAGCGAUCGUCUACAUUUUCUACGGCCGCAGACACAGCUCGUUGCAAGAUGCCGUUUACGUCCCUGCAGCACACGUGGAUGAAAUCUACGAGAGCUCAUCCAACUCUCUGUCUUAAUGCAACACCAACACUGAGGCUGAAAAACCGUGUCGUUUUAUCAGCAAAAUCCCAGUCUAGCAUACACUUCCAUUUACGUUGUCUGGAGGCAUAUCUGGGCUUUCAGAUUGCCUGGACAAAGAAUAUAGCAUUGUGUGUUUUUGAGAUCUCAGAAACACAGCCAAACUGUGAUGAACUAUGAUGUCUUUAUUGUAAUAUAUAGUACUUGGCCAAGUUUUAGUUAAUAGCCAGACAGACGGACAAACAGUAGAAAGCAGAUGAAAAGCAUAGUAGUCUUUGUAUAUACGUACGGAUUGAUGGUUUUCAUUUCUUGAAUCUGCCCAUGAUUUGGGACUUGUAUGGACAUAAAUGUAAAUAGUGUGAAUUUGUUAUUGAAUUACUUCAGACCAACCACUUGGUGACAAGUUGGUUUUCUCCGAGACA